UAAAAUCAUCUCGAAAUCAUUUAUUGUUUAGUUUUUAAUUCAAUUUAGUUUGUUUAGUUUUUUGAUCAUUUAGAAUCUUUUUUUUUUUAUAAGUUUAACUUGUUAAUUUAGUGAUGGAUAAAACUAACUCUCAAUUGAAACGUAGUAUUGAUAAGCCUUCGGAUGAAGAGACAUUAAAAAAACGUGCUGCCCGAUUUGAUAUUUCAGCGGCAACCAAACAAGUGGGAAUCGUUUCCUCUGGGGUUGAUUGUGAUGAAGAAACAUUGAAGAAACGUGCUGCCCGAUUUGCCAUUUCAGAGUCAGCGAAAAAAGGUGAUGUCAUUUCCUCUGGUCUUGGUUUCGAUGAAGAGACUUUAAAAAAACGAGCUGCCAGAUUCGCGAUCUCAGAAUCGGCCAAAAAAGCUGGUAUCAUUUCCUCUGGUGUUGAUUGUGAUGAAGAAACAUUAAAAAAACGAGCUGAACGAUUUGGAGUCAUUUCUGAAUCGGUUAAAGAAAUUGACGCUCAAGAGAAAUUAUUAAAACGACAAAAACGCUUUGGAGCUCUAGACGUGUCACAGAAAUAAUCUCAUAUUUUUUCAUAUUUCAUCUUCGUUUUUUUUUGUUUCCAUUUCAUAUUUCUAUAUACCGACCUACGGAAAAACAACACAAACACCUUAAGAUCCAAAGUCCGUCGUUCUCACUUUCUCAAAACAAAACAAAAGGUAAAAAACAAUGAAAAUAUUUAUCAAAAUCAUUUAUUGGAAUUUGACUUUUUAAUUGUAUUUAAUUGAAUGCAAAAAAAGAUAAAUAAACUCUUUAAAUUAGUAUAAAAAAAGAGAAUCGAAAAAUAAACUUUACUCAGAUUUUUCUUCUGCCACACUGAGGAAGAAAAUUUGUAUAAACUUGGUCACAGACUC